AUGAUAAAACAAAAAAAGAAAUAAUAUUAAAACAAGAUGGAGUAGCUUAUUCAAAAUAAGAGACUAGAGCAUCUGGAGUUGUUGAAUUAAUUGGAGAAACUGGAAAUAUAAUAAUCAACAAAAGCGAUGCAAAUAAUUUAGACAAUUACGCAAUAACAAAAAAAAGAGCAGGAUAUUGAGAUAAUAGCUGCACCACAACUAGUUUCACCGAAAUGGUUAAUGAAUUUAAAGCCAACAAUGACAUACGAAUGUGAUGUUGUAACUCAAGAAGAAAGCGAAUUAGAUUAGAUUGUUAAGCAUCAAUUAAAAGAGAAGAUUCAGAAGCAGAAAGUAAGAUAUAAUAUGAAAUGAAAUAGGAAAUGCAAUAGCAAGCUUAUUUAGAAUUAAUAAAUGAAUUAGACUUGCAAUCUAAACAUCAUGCUUAUGAUGAGAAAGUAAAAGAGGAUUUCAAAUGCACAUAUCAAUUUAUGAGUUAGAGGAAAUAAGUAAGUAUUGACAUAAAGUAUUAUGAUUUCUUGAAAUUAAACCCUCAGAAUUAUGUCAAUGAUACUAUCAUUAACUUUUUCUUAAGAUUCAUUGAGAAUGAUAUCUUCAAAAACAAAUCUCUAUUUAUUUACAACACCUACUUUUGCACUCGACUUCUAUCAUUUCAUGCAGAAUACAAACAAAUUUAUACGCAGUAUUUAUCGAACAAUUAAAUGUUACAGAGAUGGACAAAGGAUAACAUCUUUAUGAAACAAUACAUUUUGUUUCCUCUGCAUUUACGUGAACAUUGGGCAGUGAUAUUUGUAGUGAAUCCAUUGCAAGUUUGCGAACAAUUGUGUAAUAAUAACUAUUAAUUGAGUACUGAUGUGAAUAAGAAUGGGUAUUUAAUCUAUUUCGAUUCACUUCUUAUUUAGGAUCAAAGGAUUGGAAUUCAGAUUAAGUUUUAUUUGAUGCAUGUGUAUAAUCUUGAACACAAGAGAUAUACUGAUGAUUAAAUCUAUGACAUUGUAAUGAGAUCAAAUGUCCCUGUGUAUUAGCCUAUAGUACCAAGAUAAACCAAUCUAGUAGACUGUGGAUUGUAUAUGUUGGAGUAUGUGGAGAGGUUUUUAAUGAAUCCCUAUUAAAUUCUUAAUAAUUUGGAAUAGGAUCACUUGAAAUGGUUUCCCAAAGUGAUGAUUUUUAUUAAACGCAUAUUAAUUAAAAAAAUAUUAAAUGCCUUAAGUUCUGGAUAAAAAGAUUAUGCACUUAGAUACCAGGAAAACUGCAGGAUGAUUGAUCAACAGUUCAGUAUUUAUUUAUUGAUUAUUAUAUAUUAGCUGAUUCAAAUCAAUACGAUUACAUAGACGAAUAACUACUCGAAUAAUUGUAAGUGCCACGUUUACAAUUUCAUUUAAGCGAAGAUUAUAAUUACUAUUAUGAUGUUUCGCCUAGUGUUGGUGUAUGA